AUGCGGCAGUUGAGGGGGCGGCAGCAGCGACUGCUGCUGCUGCUGCUGGGGGUAGCAGCAACAUUCCUGCUCCGAGAACCCAGCAGCAGCAGCAGCAGCAGCAACAGCAGCAGCAGCAGCAGCAGCGGGUCAGUUGCUGCAGCUGCUCCACACAUUCUUCUGGCGGCUGCCGCAGACAGCUUUAGGGGCGGCAAUCCCUCCAGCAGCAGCAGCAUUGACAGCAGCAGCAACAGCGACAGCAGCAGCGAAAGCAGCAGCGACAGCAGCAGCAACAACAACCGCAGCAGCAGCUGCGAAGACAGCAGCAGCAGCAGCGGUAGCAACGGAAAAAGCAACUGCGGCAAUACUGUAGAGGGCGAAGCCCAAACAGAAACCCCUGCAACAGUAGCAGCAGCAGAAUCAGCAGCACCAGCAGCAGCAGCAGCUCCAGCAGCAGCAGCAGGGUCAGCUGAGUCUGCAGCAACAGAAGCAGCAGCAGCAGCAGCAGAGGCAUCAGGCGAUCUAAUCGCUGCAAAAUCAAGUCAGUCGCAGGCAGAGCUCAAGCCAGCAGAAGAAUAUUUACUUCCUGCUGCAGCACAAGAUGUGGAAUCUCUAGCAGCAGCAGCAACUGCAGCAGAUGCAGCAGCAACUGCAGCAGAUGCAGCAGAUGCAGCAGAAACUGCAGCAGAUGCAGCAGAAACUGCAGCAGAUGCAGCAGCAACUGGAGAAGAGGCAGCAGAUGCAGCAGCAACUGAAGAAGAGGCAGCAGAUGAAGCAGCAACUGCAGCAGAUGCAGAAGCAACUGCAGCAGAUGCAGCAGCGACUGCAGCAGAUGAAACAGCAAAUGUAGAGGCAGGUGUAACAACAGGUACCGCACAAGAGGCAGCAACUGCUGCAGGAGGUGCAGCAGCAGGUACAGCAGCAGGUGCACAAGAAGGUGCAGGAGAAGUUGCAGCAGGUGCAGCAGCAGGUGCAGCAGCAGGUACAACAGAGGGUGCAGCAGCAGGUGCAGCAGCAGGUACAACAGAGGGUGCAGCAGCAGGUAAAACAGAGGGUGCAGCAGCAGGUGCAGCAGAAGGUGCAACAGCAGGUACAGCAGCAGGUGCAGCAGAAGAUAGAGAAACAGGUGCAGCAGAAGAUAGAGAAACAGGUGCAGCAGCAACUGCAGCAGCAGGUACAGAAACAGGUGCAGCAGCAGGUGCAGCAGAAGAUAGAGAAACAGGUGCAGCAGCAACUGCAGCAGCAGGUACACCAUCAGGAACAGCACGGGAAUCCUCAGCAUCCGAAUCAGGAGGAGCAGCAGGAUCAGCAGCAGCAGGAUCAGCAGCAGCAGCAGCAGCAGCAGCAGAGUCGGAUGACCCUGUGCCGUGUCUGCUGCGGCCUCCAUACAGUGAAAGUCGCGGGGGUUACUUAAAGUUUCCUCAGUCUUUUUUAGACAGAAAGAGAGACGCAAAUUUAAGCGAAGAUGAAUUAGAACAGCAAAUUAAUAAACUUUUCGCCUUAGACCCACAACAAGUAGAUAAACAAAGCGCUGCUAUUGCUAGGUCUGUAGACGCUUCGCGUACAUCUGGGCAUCAGAAUGGGCGCAUAAUAAUUGGGGUUGCAGAUUUACAGUCGGGUGAUAAAGAGUUUGAUAUGCUGCUGCAGCGGCGUCAAGAGAGCAGCAGCAGAAGCAGCAGCAGCAGCAGCAGGAGCGCAAGCAGGGAAGGACGCCCAUUAAGUACGAGAGCGGAGGCAGAGGCAGCAGGUAGAGCAGCAAUUCAUGCAGAGGAGCUGCAGCAGCAGCAAGUUGUCGGUGAAGUUAAGGUGCUGCCGGAGGUCGGCUUAGUUGUUGUGGACUUCCUACCCAAUUCUACAGAAGCAGAGAUAAGAGAGGCAGUCAAACACAUUUGGCUGCGUUCGCCUGCUGCCUGGCUUAUAGAGGCUGAUUCUGAGGUUAAAAUUAGAGAUACAACACCCUUCAUGCCUGCUGCUGCAAGAGCCGCUCCUCCUGCUGCUGCUGCUGCUAAACCCGCAGCUGCAGCACCAAAACCAACAGCAGCAGCUGCAGCUGCAGCUGCAGCAGCAACUGAACGUGAAAUGCCCUUCCGUGUCGAAUCGCAAAACAAACGUAUACUCAUGGAUACAGAAAAUAAUGUAUAUACGGUCCCCAGCAGCAGCAGCAGCAGCAGCAGCAACAGCAGCAGCAGCAGCAGCACUAAGGCCAGACAGCAGCAGCAGCAGCAGCAGCGACUCGAGAAAAGUGCAGCGAGAAAACAGAAGCAGCAGGAGAUAAAAGCCCUGCAAACUGACGCCAAAGCAGCAACAAAAAAGGAGAGGAGUAGCGGCAGCAAACUGCAGCAGCAGCAGCAGCAGCAAAGACAAACGAAAAGCAAACCCAUGAAGGAGCCCCGAGAGACGCCGCAGCAAAAACAUCACAAGCUGAAGGCGCAGCAGCAGCAGGAGAAGCCUCCUCAGGAGAAGCAGCAGCAGCAGCAGCAGCGUAUGCGUUCUCAAAAGCAGCAGAAAGCAACUAAGCUCAAGGCACAGCAGCGUGAUGAGAGCAGCAGCAGCAGCAGCAGCAGCAGCAGCAGCAGCAGCAGAGGGUCCGCUUCUUCAGCUUCUCUUUCUCGCUCUGCUUCUCUCAGCCCUGAGCCUCUUAGUGAAGGAUAUCUGCAGCAAAUGCAGAUCCCACCUGCUGUAGCAGCAACUCCGCAGCAGCUGCAGUUCGGCGCCAACGUGCGGCGCCUUCAGCCAGCAGCAGCAACAGCAGCAGCAGCACCGCCAGCAGCAGCAUCAGCACCGCCCGCAGCAGCAUCAGCACCGCCAGCAGCAGCAGCAGCACCGCCAGCAGCAGCAGCAGCACCGCCAGCAGCAGCAUGGGAUGUAAACGACCGGCCAGAUGAAAUGGAUGCGUUUGAUGAAGAGGAAGAGAUGGAGCAGCGAGAAGAGUUUCUUGCUGCUGAAGAUAAGAAGCCAAAUGAUGUUUACUUCUCGCGACAGUGGGGGCUGACGCACAGCACGCUGGGCUGUAAUAUUCAAGAGGCAUGGCGUCGGGUGUACAGACGAAGGCAGCAGCAGCGGGAAGCAGCCCUAAGAGCAGCAACAGCAGCAACAGCAGCAGCAGCUGCUUUCCGCGAGGGUGAUGGAGCCGAUGCAGCAGCAGCAGCAUCAGCAGCAGCAUCAGCAGCAGCAGCAGCAGCAGCAGCAGCAAGAUAUAGUGCUGAACCUAUUAUUGUUGCUGUUAUUGAUACCGGCGUAGAUUAUACGCAUGAAGACUUGCAAGGAAGGCUCUGGAAAAAUUAUGCGGAGAUUCCCAACAACGGAAUCGAUGAUGACGGCAAUGGUUACGUCGACGACUACGACGGCUUCGACUUCGAGGCGAACUCUGCUGAACCGAUGGACCACCACGGCCACGGCACCCACGUCGCCGGAAUCCUCGCAGCUUCUGCUAAUAACGGAGUUGGAAUUGCAG